AUGAAAGGGGAGUUUCUGUACGAGUGGGACUACCCAGGUGGCGCGAUAAGUCCUGCGAUAUCAGGUCAAGCAAGCAUUGCGCCACGCCAGCGAAGCACAUCCAGAUCCGCAUUUCCCAAGCAGGACGAUCCACACGGGUAUCGGCCAUUUGUCCCAGGGCGAGGCCGCCAUGCACGUCGCCGAGAGAAUAUGCGAGACAGUCAAGCUGAAGCAUAUACCAAUCCCACAGAUCUCGACCGAUCCCCUACCACCGUAUAUCAACAGUUCGCCAAUCAUUAUAACAUUCCGCCUGAAUGGAGUCCAGACAUGCAGUAUGAGGCGCGAAAAACAGCCGGUCGCCCAACCGGGUCGGAUAUAUCCGACCGCAGCGAAGCCACCGCCUCAUCAAGAAGUGAUGCAUCCAUUGCUCCACGAGUCCACGUCAACGAUCUGCAGGGAUUGAGUCUCGGGGAUUCAGCCUCGCAUGUGGUACUACCCUAUGGGGCCAGCAGUCACAGCCAUCGCGAUGACCCCAUUCGGGGGGAUGCCCAACGCAAGUAUGACAGGGAGGUGCAAAAGUCAUUGGAGCCAGCAUACGUGAUCCCCGGCAGUAACGGCGAACGUGGGACGCUGGAUCCUCGCUACAAGAGGCAGAGCGAUCCUCGGAAGUUUUUCCGGGUUGGCAGGGUCUUUUCCAUGCUCUGGCAUGAGAAUGCAGGCUGGCAUGGAACUGUACUCAGCGAGAGAUUUCCUCGUCCAUCAUCAAGCCCUUUCAUCAAGGGAAAGUAUCAAGAGCCCAUAUACAGUAGUAUCCGACGCAUGGUAGUGGUCAAAGAGCAGAAGGGCUGCUGCUGGUGUGUACCCAUCACUACUUAUAGUGGGCAAGGCGUGGCCAAAGCUGGGAUUGACCGAAGUAAACAUGCUGUCAUUCAUAUGCAAGGUGAGAGACCCCGGACUGUGCAGGGCGAGCCCCGAAUGGCCAAACAGCCUUUGGAGGUUGAUCCUGCCAGGCCUGAUCAGAAGCUGGACUGCAUGUCUCGAGUGAACUUUGGCAAGGUUUAUACUGUUGAGCACAAUAUCAAAGUCCUUCCCGUGGGCAAAAUCACUGAAGCGUCUCGGGCAAGAUUCCUAGAAUAUGCUCAGAGUGAGUUUGUCAAAUAG